AUGAAUCCAUAUGGCACACCAUUCAAUUCUAAUAUCACGCGAACCCCUCAAAGUGCACAAAUUUCAAACGACAAAUCAUUAGAACGAUUGUAUGAACAAAAUAGUAUGUAUCGCAACAGUUUAAAAGAAAUUAGUGCCACUGUAGAGAGCUUAGAAGCCGAGUUAUUGACUUUGCGCCAAGUUGUUUCUAGCAGUGAUACCAAAGCCAUUGAGUUGCAAAAUCUUUCAUCUAAAAAUGAAGAAUUGCAAAAACUGGUGACGUCACUCAACAAUACAAUUCAAGAAAAAAACACUGAGAACGAAUUACUCAAAAAACGAGUUAAUGACUUGGAAGCCACAUCAAAUGACUUGACAACAACAACAAACACUAUAAACAAAAUGAUUACAGAAAACCAGAAUUUAACAAUGACAUAUGAAGCUCUUCAGAACGAGUUUAAUCAAUUUAAAGCCACCACUGACAAUGAGUUCGAGAAGAUCGUUGCGAAUUUUUUGUCUCUUCAAAAGGCUUUGGAAUAA